AUGGUGUCAACAAGAAGGCUAUCAAGGAUAGAAGAAAGAAAAAUAAAAAACUCGCCCAAUCUGCAACGGCUAAAACCGAACAAAAUCGAACCCACCGAACUGGAUACACCCCUUCAGUGCAACCAAUGCCCCGAAUCAUACAAAAACAACGUAGACUUCGCCCUACAUUCGAAAACCCAUUCCCAGGACGGAAAAUACUGUUGCCACUUGUGCGAUCACAAGGUAAAAUCCAGACUCAACUUCGAGAACCACGUCAGAGCUCAUGAGAACUCCAAUAUGUACAAGUGUGAGGUCUGCGACAAGGUAUUCAAGGUCAGCACCCAAGCCAUGGAACACAAGAACGUCCACACUGGCGAGAAACCGUUCCCCUGUGAAAUCUGUGGGAAGCGGUUCACGUAUUCUAGGGUGUUGAGCGCUCAUAGACGCACUUCCCACCACCAGAUCAUCACAGGUAAACCUCUGGUGAAGUACGAUUGCAAGGUGUGCAAGAAACACUACGAGUCUUACCCGGGCUUACAGAGCCACAUGUACAACAAACACAACGACACCGGCGAGGAUAAGUCCGUGAUAUGUCACGUGUGUGGGAAAAAGAUAAAAAAUAGGAACAAGUUCAGGUUCCACAGCAGAAUACACACCGGCGACAAGCCCUUUGCCUGUAUCGUCUGUUCUAAGAGCUUCAAUAAGAGAGAUAUUCUGGUAGAGCACAUGCGUGUCCAUACGGGAGAAAAACCGUUCUCGUGUAAAGUUUGUGGAAAAACGUUCGCGCAACGCGCGCCUCUGUGGUAUCAUAGAAAAACGCACACGGGGGAGAGGCCCAACGUUUGUCCCUUAUGCGGGAAGGGAUUUAUUUCGAAACCAGCCAUGGAAAACCACGUGAAGAGUUGUUACAGGACAUAG